AUGCCUCGAAAAUUUAAAAAACAAUAUGGACAUCCUAAAAGACAAAGUAAAAAGUUUGAUAAGGAGAAACAAAAAGAAGUUGUCGAUAAAGUACAACAAAAAGAUAAAGCACUACAAAUAUUAUUUUAUAG